GCAGCAGGAGGGCGGCCCCCACGCCGCCGCGGAGGGCGCCGCCGACCUCCUCGCGGCUUUGCAGCAGCGGCCGCCGUCGGGCCGCGGCGGUUGGCCGCCGCGCGGCCGCGCAGAAGGCCGGCAUGCUCACCAGCAGCCGACGAGGCGCGCAGCGCAGCGCUGGGGCGGUGCCGAGGACGACGCGCGGCGCCUUGUGGAGGACGCGUGGCAAAUAGACGCCGGCGAGCAGCGGCUUCAACGGCCGCAGGAGCUCCAGCAGCAGUGGCAGCGCCGGCGGCAGCCGCGGGAGGCCGCGUGGCAGGCGCGGGAUCGCCGGCGGCAGGACGAGGCCGAGCCGCCGAGGGCCUUUGCCCCGCGCUGGCGCCACGGCGCGGGCGGCGGCGCCGGCGCUGCGCGAGCGCCGCCGCAGGGGUCCCUCGGCGCCGGCGCCGCGGCCUCCGGCGCCGGGAGCAGGCGGCCCCCGCGAGGCAGCGCCGUGCCGAUCCCCAGAUUGCUGGCCACCGCGCAGCCCUCGCAGCCGCCCUGGCCGGCCUUCCUCGCAGGCCGGCACGCGCCUGGGGGCGCGCAGCAGGCCGCCGCCUCCGGUGCUGUUCCGCAGUAG